GACGGAGGGGUGGUCACGUGGUGAGGCGAAGUAGUGUAACCGGUUCCUGGUUGCAGAGUGAAUGAGGAAAUAGAGCGAGCGGCCGCAGCCAUGGCCUCCCUGUUCAAGAAGAAGACGGUGGACGACAUAAUAAAGGAGCAGAAUAAGGAGUUAAGAGGCACUCAGAGGGCAAUAACCCGAGAUCGAGCAGCUUUGGAGAAACAGGAGAAACAGCUGGAAAUGGAAAUAAAAAAGAUGGCGAAGACAGGAAACAAAGAUGCCUGCCGGAUACUGGCAAAGCAAUUGGUUCAGCUUCGUAAACAGAAAACUCGAACCUAUGCUGUGAGUUCCAAAGUCACAUCCAUGUCUACGCAGACCAAAGUCAUGAGCUCCCAGAUGAAGAUGGCCGGUGCAAUGUCUACCACAGCUAAGACCAUGCAAGCAGUAAACAAGAAGAUGGAUCCACAGAAAACCCUUCAAACGAUGCAAAAUUUCCAGAAAGAAAAUAUGAAAAUGGAAAUGACAGAAGAAAUGAUAAAUGACACUUUGGAUGAUAUUUUUGAUGCCUCAGACGAUGAAGAAGAAAGCCAGGACAUUGUGAAUCAGGUUUUGGAUGAAAUAGGAAUUGAAAUCUCAGGAAAAAUGGCACAUGCUCCAUCAGCUGACAAAGGUCUUCCCUCAACAGCCUCAUCCAAAAAAUCAACCAUAUCUGAUGAAGAGAUUGAGCGCCAACUCAAAGCUUUAGGAGUAGAUUAACAAGCUGGUAAUACCAAGACCUUUGCCCUGUGUGGACUUGUAUUCUGGCUACCUGGAACUACACAACAUCUGUUCUGGAGAAGAGUGACUUAUUUUUAAAGGACUUGAAGGGAUAACUUUUUUUUUUUUUUUAACCUAACGGACAUUACAGUUAGCUGUAUAUUAGUAAAAACUGUAUAUAGGACAAGAAUUCCUUAAUGUACAGACUUUCCUUUUUUUUUCCACCUUAAAACAGAUUUAUGUUGGAUCAUCUGCAAUGAACAGUUAUUUAAAAGAUUUCCCAUAUUAUAACCGGUCUAUAAAUUGUCAAGAAAUUAUAAGCCUACUAUACUCCAUUGGUUUGUAGGAAUAACCUAAAACAUUGUAAUGUUAUUGUAAUGAAUUUUCAGUCAUUUCCAUGGUAAGCACGCAUGUCAGUGACUUGCAGUUUCCAUUGAUGCUUUAGCUUUUUGCCAUUCUCCUCCAUGGCUUAUUUUAAAUUUGAGGAUUUUGUAGUGUACUUUUAAUGCUGCUGGAGUUGAGAGCAUUGUUCAUUCGUUUUAUUUUCAGAAAACUUGUUAACGAACAAUAGGUUGCUCGUUGAUCUAAAACUCUGCCACCCUGCCCAAAAUAAAUGUACUAAAGAUUUUGGUCUACGUGGUGCGAUUCCCCUACGUUUGCACAUCUGUGGUCACAAGCCAUGCAUCUUCUGCCUCUUUAGAGAUCCUAAUAUGACGACAUGUGUUUGUUUUAUCAAUGGACAGGAGUUUGCACAUUUGAUGAUCUAUUUUGAAGUUGCAGUAACAUUUAUGAUACGUUUUUUUUCCAUACAAGAGAAGAGAAAGUGGUGGUGCAGUCACAAGGAAGGGUUAAGCACCACUAAUAAAGCUAUUGGAGGGAAAGCUGUCCGUGGGUUAUUCAUGAGACACAUUUUCAGCAGCAAGUGUGAAAAUCUAUCAAAGCGGAAGAAAAAGGGAAUAAGGAAAAUGUAUUGGUUCAGUGUAUUCAUACUAUAUUUAUAACUGAGAAUUGUAAAGUGUAUUUCCAGGUUUGCAGUCAAAUUGGGAUAACACCUACUUUUAUAUUUGUUAAUUUGCUUUUAUAUUUAUUCUUUCAUAUAGCUUAAUUAAAAAAAAGAUGAAAAAUCUGCUUGUCUCUUCACAUACUCCUUUUCUACUUGGUUCUCACUUUCUAAUGUAUGAGUGGAACGGAGAGUGAUACAAACACUGGUUCUCCUCACAAAGGGUUAAAGAUUUUAGGGCUUGGGUGGUUAAUUGCAUGUUGAUGCACUUAAAAAAAAAAAAAAGUGUCCCUUUUAUCUUCCCAUUUGUCAUUUAUUCAAAGCAAUAUAACCCCUAUGCAUAAUCCUACUCCAAAUGAAGCAGGACUGUGAGAAUUUUUAAGGCGUGCUUUGUGAAAAGUGGGGGUUUCUCAAACUGAACUGCAAAAGUGGAAAUCUACUUUAAGGUAGAAAUUGUAUUUUAAAUGCAAAGUCCAUUUGAAAGUGAUAUUUCAAUUCUGAGUGUAUCUCAAUGAGCCAAUAGCUUUUGCUACCUCUGGCCUGAAUGUCCUGCUAUGGACACUCUAACAUGACUAUAACUGUUCUGUUUGGUAUUAGGCUAAGCUGGCCGUAGGUGGGUCGGGGUUUUUUUUUUUUCUUUCCUUCUUUCCUUCCAACCUGCUGGUUAUUACGGGGGAAAAACUGACCCGAUUUCCCCCAUCCACACAUUGGAGGUGGAUGGGGGAAUGCUCCUAAUGUGUCAUUGUAUUCUGACAGGUGCUACAUACAGAAUCGCUGGUUUAAGUAUACAUCUAUAUUAUCUAAUGCAGUUGCUAGUUAUCAUGGGACACCAGUGAUUUGUAGCUACAUGGAGAAGUAUUAUAGCCAGCUGUAGCAGCAACUUGCUGAAUUGCUACACCACAUCGGCACAGAUCUCUGCUAUAAUGCUGCUUGUGUGACACGGCCCCAACACUGUCGCAGUUUGGAAGCUGAAAGACUCCUAAUUGUGUUUCUGCAUUUACUACUUUGCCAUUUGCUUUACUGAUAGCUUGUUGAUAAGUUUUCGGGAACUGGGAAUCAUGUUUUUUUCCAUUUCCUUGUGCUGUCAGCUUCUAAUUUUGUGCCUUUGUAAAUUAAAGCCUUAUCAUAACCAUCUUUUUAA